GUUAAUUGUUGGCCCUCAGUGUGUGAACAGUAAUCGUGAACAGUGCCGUGAACAGUAGCCACGACAUGAACAGUAACUCCACUUCCAAAAUUGGCCAAAACACUAGCUAAUUCACGGGAUUUUCUCUCCAAAAAUCACAACAAUCUAAAUCAAGCUAAUUUACACUUAAACCAAGCUUAAAACAUGUUCAAAUGCUACCGGAAUUCCUCCCUAUUUUCUGUAAAAUUCGGACAUCACAAGGGCAGCCAAUCCAUAGACAAAAUUCAACAAUUAAAGGGGUAAAUUAUGACUUAGAGAAGCUGCCACUUACCAGAAUUCCAGCAAGCAAAACCAGAGUGCAAAUUGGGGAGGAGGCUGGCAGCAAGUGCAAGGGACUCACGGGGCUACCAAAAUUAAAGGAACCAAGAGCAAUUAACGUAAACCCAAGGCAAUUAAAGCUAGAGAAGGGGAAUUUCAAGCUAUUUCUUACUAAAAAAACCAAGCCAAUUCGCCCCCAUAAGGCAAGAGCAGCCAACGGUGAAGAAGCAGAGCAAGGCAGAUUCGGAAGCUCCUGCAGGGGGAGAGAUUUCUGGGUUCCAAAUCAGGUUCUUGGACAAGAAAGAAGGAGAAAUUCCAAGCUUUCUCACCAAUUUUUCAAGGCUGGUGCCGACGGCUUGGAGGGGGAUUUCGGGAGCUACAGCGAGAAGAAGAAGAAGAGCAGAACCGAGCAAGGCUGGAAAGAAGAAAGAAGAAAAAGAAAAAGAAAAGAAGUUGAUCCUUAUCCAAUAUUUUCCCCUUUUUAAUUCCCUCAGCUUUUGGAGUAUUCACAUUAGGACCCAAAACAAUCUUUUCUCAUAAUCAAGUCCCUAACUUAAUGUUAAAAAUUCUAGAAAUCUUGGGGUAUCACAAAGCUAAUGGUACCAAUGUCAUUUUCUUUCUUUCAAUUUUGGCCAACCUUCUUUGAACUGGAAACCCCUGAACCAUUUUGGUAUUGUUCAAGGAGACUUUUCAUUCAUUGCUUGAUAAUCCAUAAUAAUUCCAUAUUUGAUUC